AUGUUUAUAUGGUUUUUACUCACCUACACUUUACUUUCUAUUAAAAUUAUAGAUAUAUUUUGGAUUCAAAUAUUGAUUUCUAAAAUCUUUCAUUUUAAGCUGAAUUUUUACUAAAAAAUUGUUAUCCUAACAGGUUUCUCGGUUUGCUAAGACUUAUCACGCAGUAAGAUAGACACUUAACUAAAAAACAUUUGUUAAUUCAUGAAGAAUUUAAAAAAAAAGAAAAUCAAGGAUUAUUUUAUCUUGAUAAAAUUAUGUGCUUUCUUCUUAAAAUAUAAUUAUAAUUAAAUGCCCAGCUUACUAUUGCUAAUGUAUCAAAUCUAUUCGCUGUUUAUUGGUUGA